AUGCUGCAAGGCGUGCCCAGCUCAGUGCCCUUCAGGCAACUGCACCUGGAUGCAUUCGCAGGGCUACAAGUGUUUCGAUCCGAAGAAGGAAGUGGCUUGCUACCUUGGCACGGGCCACGAAAUCUGCAAGAAGUCGCAGGUUUGCCCGACGUGCGGAUCGUGCAGUGGUGCCCUAGUGCACCGCUCGGAUUGCUUCACCUGUCCUCCAGGCCAGCGCCCGGACGAGUCCCACUGCAACUGCGUACCCGAGCAGCUAGCGACCAAUCACGUCGUGGAUGUGGGCAACCAUGCCUGCCCGACCAGCAUGGCUCCGCUCAACUCUAG